CCACCUGCUAUUUAUUACUGUAGAACAACAACAACAACAGCCGCCUGUAACCCCUCAAUGACAGCCCGAGAGUCACGGUCAUAACCAUGUGGCUACAGGCGACGCUCCUUUUGCUCGCCUCGUGCGUUCCCUCCAUCUCGGCCAUCUAUGUCGAUGAGGUCGGCCAUAUCGAUUACCACCACGCGCUUCUCGGCCUUCCCACCUCCCAAUCGACCUUCUUCCUCAAGCCCUCCGCCUCGUCCAAUGCCUCCCUCCUCUAUACUCUCUCCGAGGACUCUCUCCUCGGCGCCGUGAAUCCCAAAGAUGGAUCUCUGGUCUGGAGACAGAAUCUCUCGCAACCCGCCCUCCCCGCCGACCAGGACGGCGUUUCCGGUCUCCUACGAGCCUCCGAAGGAACGAACGCUGUGGUCGGUGCGCUGGGGGACUAUGUCUCCGCAUGGACUGCUCUCGAUGGAAAAUUGAUCUGGGAAAAGUGGUUUGCGGAUGAGAAGAUCGCGGAUCUCGAGCUUCUAGAGCUUGAAGAUGCCAGUGCCGUGCCGUCAGCUAAAGACACUGUGGCGCUAUUCAGUGGAACGGCAGGUGUCGUUCGGAGACUCGAUGGUAAUUCGGGCCAGGUCAAGUGGGAAUACAAAGAUGAAAGUGGAGACAUCCCGUUGCAGCUGUCGUCCUCGUCCACGGAAGUUUUCUACAUCGCCCUGCAAGCAUCGGCGCGGAAGGGCUAUCGGAUCCGCGUGGUUUCGCUGGAUCCCUUGACGGGCCUUCCUACCCAGCAGCAGAUCCUGAGCUCGGAAAACGAGGUGUCCGGUCCGAAGUCCGUCGUCUUCGUCGGCGCGAACACGGCCGCGCCUGUGAUCGUGUGGUCUGACGCUGCGCACAAGACGCUGAAGGUCAACAUUAUUGGCACCAAGCAGGUAUCCUCCUUCGAUAUUGAGAAUACAAGCGGCGAGAGUAUCCGGUCGAUCACCGUCCACACCCCGAAGAAGCUGGAAUCGCUGCCCCAUUACCUGGUGCACUACGAGACGGACUCGGCCACAUGGGCGGAGGUUUACCACGUUGAUCUAAGGACUUCUGCCAUUUCCAAGGCGUAUGAGCUGCCCCGCUUGCAGGGAUGGUCUGUCUUCUCCACGAGUAACAAGGACGCCAACGUCUACUUCACCCGCAUCACGCAGUCGGAGACUACCGUCGUUUCUUCUGUCUCGUAUGGCAUCCUGGGAAGAUGGCCUCACCAGUCUCCCCCGCUGGAGGAGGCGGUGCACGCCGUCUCUGAAGUUGUGACCAAGGGUAACUCGGUUGCUGUUCGGUCCGCAGCUGCUCUCGUCUCCGGGGACUGGCAGUUGAUCCGCGGUGGUCAGGUCGAGUGGACGAGGUACGAGGCCUUGACGGGCGCCUUGGCCGCUUCGUGGGUUGAGACGGAUGGCUCCGAGGACUUGGUCCAUCAGCUCGAAGUCGAAGGCCAUGAGAGCGUCUACAAGGCUUACAUCCACCGCGUCAAGCGCCAUGCCCGAGACCUUCAACAUCUCCCUGAGUGGCUCAAGGACCUCCCGAAGCGCAUUGUGACCAGCAUACUCACUGACGAGGUCUCCAACCUCGACAGCUUUGGAAUCUCUAAGCCUGUCAUCGUUGCCGCGAAGAACGGUCGGGUUUAUGCGUUGGAUGCCGGGAACCACGGUGCCGUGUCUUGGGCUGUCAAGGCUGCUGAGAAGGACUCAUGGGAUGUGAAGGCCAUCGUGGCUCAACCAGGAUCCGCCACUAUCUACGCCGAUGAUGGUAGUUCUGUCACUCUGGAUGUCACGUCUGGCGCGAUCCUCGCUCGUACCUCAGGCACCACUACCAAGAUCCGCGCCGUUGCCGUCAUUGACGAUGGCUCCGCUCCAGUCACUAUUGGCAUUCGUGAGGAUGGUACCCCGUUGGAAUCCCUCGAUCUCCCUGGGUUCUUUGUCACCCAGAGUAGCGACGGCCGGGUGUUGGGAUGGGCCGCCAGGGACAACAAGACCCCCGUCUGGCAGUUCCUCCCUCCCCAUGGAGAGAAGAUCGUCUAUGCCACUGCACGGCCCGCUCACGACCCUGUGGCGUCGAUCGGUAAGGUUCUGGGUAACCGCUCUGUUCUCUACAAGUACCUGAACCCCAACCUUGCUCUCAUCACCACCGUCGGCGAGAAUACGGCGACGUUCUACCUCCUCGAUGCUGUCUCUGGCCGCGUGCUGCACACUUCUGUCCAGAAGGGUGUGGACACUACGCAACCGAUUGCCUCCGCCAUCUCCGAGAACUGGUUCGCGUACUCGUUCUACGCGGACGUCAUCUCCCCCUCCACAUCCAAGGGCUACCAGCUCGUGAUCUCGGAACUCUAUGAGGCGCCAGUCGCCAACGACCGCGGCCCCCUCGACGCCGCCGCCAACUACUCCAGCCUUGCCUCCCUCCCCUCUCCGCACAUCAUCUCCCAAUCCUUCGUCAUCCCCGAGCCCAUCUCGCACAUGACCGUGACUCAAACCCGCCAGGGCAUCACCACCCGCAACCUCCUCUGCACCCUGCCCCUCUCGAACGCGAUCAUCGGCAUCCCUCGCCCCGUCCUCGACCCCCGCCGCCCGGUCGACCGCGACCCCACUUCCACCGAGGCCGAAGAGGGCCUGUUCAAGUACAGCCCCUUCCUCGAGUUCGAAGGGCGGUGGUAUCUGACCCACUCGCGCAACGUCGCGGGGAUCAAGAAGGUGCUGUCCAGCCCGACGCUGCUCGAGAGCACGAGCUUGAUCUUCGCCUUCGGCGGGGACAUCUUCGCCACUCGCGCGACGCCGAGCCAGGCGUUCGACGUGCUGGGCAAGGGCUUCUCCAAGCUGCAGUUGGUUCUCACCAUCCUGGCCUUGAGUGCCGGUGUGACGAUACUGGCGCCUAUGGUCCGCCGGAAACAAAUCAACAUGAUCUGGAAGGCAUCGUCGUAGAGUGCGUGGCUAGCUGCGGAAGCUUGGUCUGGUGUGGAUUGAGCGGUUCGAUUUGUGAGAAGUAUAGUUGGAGUGACGAUGAGAUAGAUAUAUAUGAUUAAUUCAGUUUAUGAUUGAGAACAGCGUUAGUGCUUCUGG